UUACAUUGAAGAGUUUGAUCAGUUGAGCACGCCGACAGCGUUAGCGAACAACAUGGCGAAUGCACAGUAGUGGUAGGCGGAUAUUUUGCGCGACGCGGAAACGUCACACAUGCCUGCCCGCAACUGUCAAACUCGUAGCAGGGCGGCAGAAGAAUGGAGCUAUUCCGUACCGACACUCACUUUAUCUUCGUGAAAGAGAGGCACAGUCUUUGGUGCGACAAGUACACCGGCGAGUUCGCCGCGAAAUCAGAUUGGGAAUGGGCCACACCAAAGGAUUUGGAAUGUUUGGGGAUGUUUUAUGGAAUAGUGGGCAAGAUUGAACAAACGUCAGUACUGGAGCCUCGCCUAAUGCUCAUAAAGGAUGUCACACCAGCGGGAGAAUUGCACGGCGGUCAUGUUGUCUACAAAAUCAAAUCCAUUGCCUUUCUACAUAUUGGCACAGAGAACAUGGAUAUUGGCUUGCUACCCUGCAAGAAGCAUCAAUAUGUGUUGAAGAAAAAAGGGAAUAGUGGGUUGUUUGACGUGCCACAAAAAGCAGCUCUGGCAAAAACCUGGGGUACAAUCAAGAAUGCCACAAAUACCAUAAAAAACACCACACAGCAAGCUGCUGCAUUGGCUACAUCUCAAAUGAAGUCCACAGUGAUAAAACGAAGCGUGGUAAAGGACAAAGAGAGAUUCGAGAAGAGAAUAUUGGAAGAACUGAAUAAGAUAUUCACCGAGACUGAUUCGUUUUUCUUCUGUCAGACUGGUGAUAUUACUAACAGUUUGCAGCGACAAUGCGUAAUGGAAUCUCAGUAUGGACAGGACAAUCAAGAUAAACCAUUAUGGCAACGUGUGGACGACAGAUUCUUCUGGAAUAAACAUAUGUUGUCUGACAUUAUUAGUCUAAAUACGGAUAAAGCAAACUGUUGGAUAUUACCAAUCAUCCAAGGAUAUGUUCAGAUAGAAAAAUGUAUAGUCGAGGUAGGUUUUGAUGAACAACCACAACAAGAAAUAUUUAACUUGGCGAUUAUAUCAAGAAGGAGUAGGUUUCGUGCUGGCACUAGGUAUAAAAGACGUGGAGUAGAUGACGAUGGCAAGUGUGCAAAUUAUGUUGAGACGGAACAAUUAGUUUGGUAUCACGAUCAUCAAGUAUCCUUUGUACAAGUACGAGGAAGCGUGCCGGUGUAUUGGUCUCAACCUGGAUACAAAUAUAAACCUCCACCGCGGAUUGAUAAGGAUGAGACUGAAACGCAGAUAGCAUUUGAAAAGCAUUUUGAUGAAGAACUUGAAUUGUAUGGGCCUAUUUGUAUUGUAAAUCUGGUUGAACAAGCUGGCAAAGAAAAAAUUAUUUGGGAAGCUUAUAGUAACCAUGUAUUUAAUUAUAAUCAUUCAGAUAUAACGUAUACCACUUUUGAUUUCCACGAGUAUUGUCGAGGAAUGCAUUUUGAGAAUGUGUCUAUUCUUGUUAAUGCAUUGGCUACGAUAGUAGCAGAUAUGGGUUAUUGCUGGCGUGAUAAACAGGGUACAAUUUGCAUGCAAAAGGGUGUAUUCCGUGUAAAUUGCAUAGACUGCUUAGAUAGAACAAAUGUGGUGCAAACUGCUCUGGGUAAAGCCGUUAUGGAAAUUCAGUUUUCAAAAUUGGGAUUAAUACCACCUGAUGGAAUUUUGCCUGCAAACAUAAGACAGACCUUUCAAUCGCUUUGGGCUAAUAAUGGAGACAUUAUUAGCAAGCAAUACGCGGGAACAAAUGCUUUAAAGGGAGAUUAUACACGUACUGGAGAGAGAAAAUUUACUGGACUGAUGAAAGACGGCAUGAAUUCCGCAAACAGAUACUAUCAGCAACACUUUAUGGAUGACUUACGUCAGGCAGCGAUAGAUACGCUGCUAGGGAACUUGAUUGAUGUUCAUCAACUGAACAACGAUUGGUCACACUAUUUAGAUAUCCUUGAUAAUUGCUGUCUCGAACUUAUACCUAUGAAACCACCAAAUAUACAACUUCAACUUGCUACUCAUCCUGAUUUCCUUUAUGCCACUGUUCUAUAUAAUUUAGCAAGAUAUUACUUGAAUCGUUUCAAGGAUGUCUAUAGACAAGCGACGAUUGAUAUGAUGUUGGGAAAUUCGGUAAGCGAAGAAGUGUUCCUAGAACGUACGGAUGAGGAAGACAACGCGGCGACUGCGAUUCACGUGAAAUUGCUGAUUGAAGAUUGCAAAAAGUUAUUGAUACCCGAUCCCGAAAUUAUUCUAGGCAGUUGGGGAGUUAUUGACGCCGAUCCUGUUACUGGUGAUCCAACGGAGACGGAAAUGGAUUCUAUCUUGAUAUUGACCCGAGAUAGUUAUUACGUUGCUGACUAUGACGAUCAGAUCGAUAAAGUUACAAACUAUCAAAGAGUUUUACUAGAAGAUAUUGUUUUAAUUGAAUUUGGUCAGCCUGAAAAUACGGUUUCAUUUUUCAAGAAUAAACAUUAUUAUUGUAUUAGAAUCAAUUACAAAGUGAACGGCGAGUACGGUUACUUUCACAUGUUUCGUAGUACGAAUUUAAGAUUUUUUAAUAACAUGGCGGUUGUGAUAAAAACUGAAGAGGAAAGUAUAGAGUCUUUAAAGGCAAUUUGCGAAGCUAUUUCAGUAGCCAUGGAGAUAGCAAAGUUACCAAAGGUUCCCAUAGCCAUGAACGUUACAUUAGAUAAAAGAAAGGGUAAAUUAGUGAAUGUUAAAGGAUCUACUGGGUUAUUGGACAUUUCGUCAUUUCCAGAACUAACAAGAAACGUAUCUGAGACUCAACUGCUUGCUUUAAAAACAGCAGGUACAAAAGCUUUAAGCAAUAUGUCGGAACAAUUUAGCAAAUUAAAUAAACUCAGUCAAAGUUUCGGCGUAAAGAAGCCAAGUGAUUUACCGAAAAAUAUAAGUGACAGAGAGAAUACAGAAAAGGUAUCUAAGCCGAUUUUUACUGUUGGCAACAGUGAUAUCUCAGGCAAUGUUCGAAGAAAGAGCAGCAGCAGUAGCAGCGGUGGUAACAGCGACGAAGAGAAUAGCGAAUUGACACACGUACAUAUCGAAAAGCCGGCGAACUUCAGUCAUGAUAAGCAUCUGAUGGAGGCUUAUACACCAUUGAUCGGUAUUAUUAUGGGUGUAAAGAAUACUAACGUUGUGGACGGUAGUGUUUGCGAGACUAACGUGAAUGAGGAAUUGUCCAAAAUGAGACACAAUAACGUGAAUUUAAAUUCAAAGCCUGACGUAGCUCUUGACGCGUUGCAUCUAAUUUCGCAAACUGGAUCCGGUACUAGCACUCUCAGCACUUCGCCGCAGAAGACGGCGACCACACCCGAGAUAACGGUGUACGAUACGGGAGACAACUUGGGCGAAGAAAGAGAUCGAGUAAUUCCGCCGUCGACCUUAACACUUUUUAAGAAUAUCAGUCAUUCGACCGGAAACGUUGAUAACAAAGCCUCGGCCAACAGCACUCUUCAAACGGAUAACAGAUUGGAUGAGAAGAAAAGAUCAGCUUCUGAACAGGAUCUGACGUUGAACAUUACAUCGUCUCAAAGCGAAUCUGCCUUAAAAUCCAUAAAAGAAAAUAUUGCAAGCGUUACUAGUCCAGUAACAUCUACAGCCAAAGAUAUUCUGAUGCCAUUCUCAAAAUUUGCGAAAGGUGUUCAAACUUUAGGAGCUAAUUUAGAUCCCAGAAAGCUAAAGACCGGUCAUGUAAUGAGAAAUUUGUCGGAACAUCAUAUGGAGGAGCGUCAAAAGCUUCAGGAAAGAUGGGCCUCUUGUCAAUCUAAACUUAUCGCUUUAUAAAACUUUUACCCGAAUAAUCAGCUUUCUGAAUGCGAUUCAUUAUUAAAUAUUAAUUUAGAGCUUAUUGAUGAUUGUGUAUUUGUAAGUAUCAAUAAUAUUUACGAGUAUAUUACGACAAGUUCAGUAUGCCAGUGAUGCAAAUGCUCUUGCACACUUUUAAUAGGAAUGAUGUAUUAAAAUGUUUUAUUAUAUAGAUUGUGUAAUUUAAUAUGAAAGAAAAUAUCACUUAGCAGGUAGUGAAUUUCGAUCACGUUUUGUAGAAAAUCUAAUAAAUCGAUCUCACUGCACUUAUUUUCACAUAUUUUCACACUUUGCAAAUAUAAUAUUAUAUUGAUGUGAAACAUACAAAACAAUUCACUGUAGGAAAGAAAACCGUUCCCAAGACAAACAAAAUGAUUAACACAGAGUACAAUGAGGUCAAUAUUUAUAAUUAUUCAUAAUUAAUUGAUUUGACAAAUUGAUAAAUACUAAGCACAAAGCAAUUAAUAAAUGAACUGACAAAUUCCUGUAUUGCUAUAGAAUUGUGCUGUUUUGUAGAAAUAUUUUCUUGACAAACCACAUCUACAUGUAUAAAAUUUGCUAUACAUCUGCUAAAUUUUGGAAGCGUAUUUUUAUAUUUUUAAUGGCAAUUUUGUGAAGUUAAUGUGACCAAUCUGUAUCGUGUUGAGAUAUAAAUUUUGUAACAAGAUUAAAUAUUUUAUUCUUAUUACAUUAGUUAUAGUCUUAUAGCAUCAAGUUUUUAUUUUUUAAACAGAAAUAUGUUAUUUAUUUAAUAUACGUACAGGUGAUCUUUUAUAUUAAAAUAUAUAAAAUGCAGAUGAGACGAUUUAUUUAUACGAGAAAUCGGAAAGAGAAGCUUUUCAUAGUCAAUUAUGUAAAUACAGAGAAUUAUUUAAAUAUAUAGUUUACUAAAAUCUAUAUAUAAUGUAUGAGUAUUAGUGAUAAAAAUAUGAGUUUGAGGUAUAUGGUUACCAAAACAAAGAUCCAUGACUGUUCUAUCCUUGUUAGUUUUUCGAUAAAUGUGUUAGAAUUUUUUAAAAAUAGCAUAGGUAAUAUUGUAUUAAAUUCAAAUGAAAAAAAAAAUAUAUAACUAGAAGAAUUGCUUUUGUUAAAUGAACAAAUUAAGUUAUGAAAUUAUAAAUGUACUAUGUACAAAAUAAGUAGUCGAUAUGAUUUAAAUAUGCAACAACACAGAGCUGAGUAGUAAAUUUAUGUAAAUCGCGUUUGUAUUAGUGUUAUAAUUUUAGAUGCUUUAACAGUUGUUAUAAACUUAAUAUAUAAGUAUUUCAAGAGCCAGCAAAUGCAGUAUUAUAUCGUGUACAUGCUUACGAAAUUGCAAGAUACAUUCUCCUUCAUCUGUGUGCAUUCAAUGAUAGGAGGAUUAGGCACAAAGAAAAAAUAUUACAGAAAUAUAUUUAUUAUAGAGAACUAUAACAUGACUUUACAUUGCCCACUGAUGUAAAUAAUUAUAUCUUAUUUUGAUGGUUUCCAUCCCCUGUUGGAAACGCUUUGGAAACACAUCGACACAUUAUAUAGCAAUUCUAAGCUCGUACUUUUAGUGAAUAUUCUUUCUACUGUCAGCAAUAGUCUGUGAUACAAUUUUACAGAAUGCACGAAUUAAACUCACAAGUAGAGAGUUUAUAGAAGGCGUGCAUUCUAAAAGAUAUUUGCAACACUUUAGGAUAAGAGUGAAACUAGGCUGUUUACAGAUCGCUGUUUACGCAUCCUUAAAGGAUUGUAAUUUUUGUUUACUUAAAACGGAGGCUCUUAUUAUAUUUGGUUGCUCUACCAUGUCAAUUUAAAGGAGAAUAACUUAAUAUUUGAAUUUUUGUCAAUGAAUGCAAUGUAAGGUCCAACGCAAGUUUAUUAUCAAACUUGCGUGAUGUAUGCUGUUGCAUCUAGUUACAGUAUUAUGGAUAAUCUGCAAAAAAUAGAUGCAUUUGUAAAAUUUUAUUUUAUGUGAAAUCUGAAUGUAAAUUUAAAAUUAACAAUUGAUUUAAAAAAUUUGUUUUUUUUUUUGUAAAAAAAUACUUUCAAAACUUUUUCUUCAAGCUUUAAGUAAAAGUUAUUAUGUACUUGUGUAUAUGCACGUAUGUACGUGUGCAUGUGUGUACGUAUAUAAUAAAUUAUUAUGUAAUAAAUUAUUCAUCUAUUCUUUGUGAAAACUCGUACAUCGAUCGUACAAAAUCAUACGUAAAAACUAUAAAGGCUUGACACACUCCUUACAUGUAUCUGCUAUUGUGUUUCCAGGAAAUUGUAACAAAAAAUGCGCGUAUACACACCAAACACCAAACGUUCACAGCACUUGUAGAACAGAUAAUAAUAAAAGAUUUUUGACUUGU